AUUUGUAAAAUGAUUCAAUUACCUCGAUAAUUGUGUGGUUUUAUCAUGAAUUUAGAUGGUUCUUUAUCUUGACAGUUAUUAAGCCAAAUAGAAAACAAAGCUAUAUUUGUGUGCAAUACAGCGUUUUAAAAUGUUUUCAAAAUCUAUUACUAGUAAGGAUACAUUUUUAGAACAGACUAAAGCAGCUAGAGAAGAACGGGCUCUUGAAAAAAAGCGUGAACAGUCCGCGAUAAAAAUACAAGCAGUAGUACGUGGUUGGCUUGCCAAACAGAAAUUCAUCAAACUUAUCUUAAAUGAUUUUGAUCAGCUCUUGCCAGAUUUAACUAGCCACGGUUCCCAAGAUGAGCCUCAACAGCCAGAAUUUGUACCAGCAUUGGACGUGUACAGGGUAGCAUGCCGUCUCUUCCUGAUUUUUAAACAUCAGAGGGAUAAAAAGAGAUUUGAAAAGCUCUGCAAGUAUAUAGUACAGAGUCUUCACUCUGAAUCGGUUAAAGUAUCUUAUGUGGGCGUAUUUUUAAAUAAGGAAUACAGUUUACGAUGGAUAUCUCAUAUAAAGGAUUUAUUAUACAAAUGCUGCCAGUACCUCGAAGAAUUAAAACCAGAGUCUCCAAUAGAUAUGCAGAGUAUACUCAUAUAUCUCCACACAUUGCUGGCAUUCACAGCCACCAACACAUGGGCCCUGACCAGACUAAAAAACUUCGAGAAGCUCAGAGGAGGCAUGACUCAAUUAUGUGCUAAUGUUAUGGGAUCACUCUUCCAUAGAGGGUAUUAUUUAACUUUGAAGUCUCUACUCCUCCGUGGACUCUGUCGUGAGAAAGUUAGCUUAAAGAAUAUAGCACUAACAGCAAUUGUCACUCUCACAUUACGACCGCUUGUGUCGGCCCAGUUCUCUGAGAAACUGCUUACAAUGUACAUCAUACAGAUAUUGUCCGUGCCUACACUUGUCUUCCACAUGCAACAGAUAUCUUCUGAGUCAAUUGCUGCAUUCAGACAACACUCAAUGUUUGAUAAAUGUGUUGACUUUUUGAGUGCAGAUCAAAAUAUGCGUAUUGUUUUCAAUACGUUGGAAGGCAACUAUGCUUUAUGCCUGUUAGCAAAUUUAAUCCAACUGGCCUAUUCUGAGCGAGAGCAUGCUCAACCUGGAACUUAUUACCCUACUUUUGUACUUGUAGUAACUCGUUUUCUUGACAGUUGUCAACAAUAUGUGGUAUGCAAGAAGGGUAACCUAAGCAACUGGCAUCCUGUAUUGGGCUGGUUCUCUCAAAGCUUUGACGCUUACCUCCCACCAGCGAUGGGUAACCUAAGAACCCAACUGUCUUUAUUGUGGGGUGCUCCCAUGUUGAAGAAGCUACUUGGUUCACCUUUAAAAGAGAUGUUGGAUGCUGGGGUCUCAGGGGAGGAAGGCGCGGGUCCAUCUCAGCCGUCUACACCUGUUCAGAGCAGUAAUCCAGCUUCGUUCAUCCGAAGAGCUAUUGAAGCUAGAACUAAUAGAGGUAACUCUAAUAAAAACUUCAGAAAAUUGGGAUCUCCAGACUGCACAAAAAUAGCUCUUAUAUGUUCAAUGUAUUACACUGCUCUGCAAACAAUGUCGCAAGUUAAAUUGGACAUAUUGACAGGACUCUGCAAUCAAGACGAGAUACUGUACUCACUGUGGCAGUUCCUCUGUACGCUAGGACCUAAUAGUGGACUGAAAUCCUUCUUAGACCUAUUAGCUCUCAACACUAAGGCGUCUGCCCCUGAGUUUCAGAUGCUUGUCUUGUUUUCCGAUUGCAUGACUCAUUACGUAACAAUAUUAGAUGACAUGGAGAUGUACGAGAAGCAGGAUCCCUUCAAGUUGCAGGAUUUCGUCAAUAUGUCCCAAUUCUUAAAUAUGUUCAUAUAUAAAUCUAUCAUAGGACAAUUAUUUGAGCUGAAGACGCUGGGCAGCAGCGCGGUGUUCUCGUCGCUGCACACGCUGCUGCUGGCGCUGUACCGGCGCGACUGCCGGCGCGCCUUCGCGCCACCGCAGCACUGGCUCGUGCGCGAGAUACGGGACUCGCAGUUCAUGGCCGACCUCGAGAAGGGCAAGAAGCCGCAGCAGGUUCUGGUUCAAAAGACUCCUCACAUGAUCGCUCACGGUGAGCGAGUCAGACUGUUUAGACGCGCCGUGGCUGAUGAGAAGGUGGUGCUGGGGCUGACGGAGCGCGCGUGCGGCGGGCGCUCGACGCUGGUGACGGUGCGGCGCACGCGCCUCGUGGAGGACGGCUACCGGCAGCUGGCGGCGCUGCCCAGCCGCGCGCUGCGGGCCGUCGUGCGCGUGCGCUUCAUCAACGAGCAGGGCCUGGACGAGGCGGGCAUCGACCAGGACGGCGUCUUCAAAGAGUUUCUAGAAGAGACGAUAAAGCGCGUGUUCGAUCCAUCACUGAACCUGUUCCGAGUGACGAGCGAAGAGCGUCUUUAUCCGUCGCCCACGUCCUGCCUGCAAGAGAACCAUUUACAACUUUUCGAGUUUAUUGGACGCAUGCUCGGGAAAGCUGUCUAUGAGGGAAUCGUGGUGGACGUGCCGUUCGCGUCGUUCUUCCUCAGCCAAGUGCUGGGCCAGACGCAGCAGGCGCUGUACUCCUGGAUCGACGAGCUGCCGUCGCUCGACCGCGACCUCUAUCGCAGCCUCACCUACAUCAAGCACUUCCAGGGGGAUAUUUCAAGCCUAGAACUUACCUUUUCUGUAGAUGAAGAGAGAUUAGGUGAAAUCGUGACGCAUGAACUUGUACCAGGAGGAAAGGCUAUACCUGUUACCAAUGAAAACAAGAUUAAUUAUAUACAUUUGAUGGCACAUUUCCGUAUGCACACUCAAAUAAAAGACCAGACAAAUGCCUUUAUUAAAGGAUUCAGAACUAUCAUAAACCCGGAAUGGCUCUCACUGUUUUCUACACCUGAGCUACAACGCCUAAUAAGCGGUGACAAUGUACCCCUCGAUCUACGCGACCUACGUCGUCACACGCAGUACUACGGCGGCUUUCACGAUUCACACCGGGUUGUUUGUUGGCUGUGGGACGUUCUGCAAAGAGACUUCACUGAAAACGAACGAGCUAUGUUCCUAAAGUUCGUGACGUCAUGCUCGAAGCCACCAGUGCUUGGUUUCGCACAUCUGAAGCCUCCGUUUUCGAUCCGAUGCGUUGAAGUCGGUGACGAUGAAGAUACGGGGGACACUAUAGGUAGCGUAAUACGCGGUUUCUUUACGAUCAGGAAGAAGGAUCCAUUAAAUCGACUCCCGACAUCGUCGACUUGUUUCAAUCUGUUAAAACUACCAAACUAUCAGAAAAGAAGUACACUGAGAGAUAAAUUGCGAUACGCGGUUAAUAGCAACACUGGCUUUGAGCUGUCUUAGUGUACUCGAAAAACACGAUUGUACUUCAGUAAACGAAUUUUAUGUAUUGUUCGGAA